AUGGGCGAUGAGGACGAAGAGGAUGAAUCGUGCCCACUUUGCAUGCAGACCUUGGAUGAGACGGACAUUUCAUUUUUUGCCUGCCCUUGCAACUACCAGGUUUGCCUGUUCUGUGUCCACUACAUUGUGGAGCAGAUGAAUGGCAAAUGCCCGGCAUGCAGACAGGACUAUGUCGAGUCUCAGUUCAGGUAUGAUGCCAGCCGUGCCAAGAGUUUCCGAGAAAGAAAAGCAGAAAAGAAAAAGGGUGGUAGCAAGAAGGACGAGAAGUCCCGAGAGGAGCAGGAGAAAGAUAUGCGUGCUCGGCAUGCUGAGAAGCUCAAGGGCAGAGCUGGACGCCGUGAUCUGGCAGAAGUUCGUGUCGUGCAGAGGAAUGUGGUGCAUGUCAUCGGCCUCACUGUCAAUGUGGCAAAAGAGGAAAUUCUGAAAUCUCCGGAAUUCUUUGCCCAGUACGGUAAGCUGCAACGAGUGACUGUUAGCAAGGCACCUAUCCAGUCGAAGUUUCACAGUGAGAAGAGUGUGCCGAUCUACAGUGCGUACUUGACCUUUGAAAAGCCUGAAGAAGCGCAUGUUGCAAUUCAGGCUGUAGAUGGCUUUGCCAUGGAUGGCCACACUCUCCGUGCCAACUUUGGCACCACCAAGUACUGCCGGAAGUUUCUCGAAGGAGAGAAAUGCGAGCGAAAGGACUGCAACUUCUUGCACAAGUUGGUGGAUGAAAGUGCCGAGAAGGGGAAGGGGAAAGAUGGCAAGGGGAAAGAUGGCAAAGGGAAGGAUGGCAGGGGGAAGGAUGGCAAGGGCAAGGAUGGCAAAGAUGGCAAAGAUGGGAAGGAUGGGAAGGAUUGGAAGGAUUGGAAGGAUUGGAAGGAUUGGAAGGAAUGGAAGGAUGGAAAGGAUGGAAAGGGCCAAGGAAGCUGGUCGUGGUAUGGAAAAGAUGAUUCAUACUGGGAGGACACGAGAGGGAAAGAUGGUAAGGGCAAGGACAAUAGCUACUGGAAGGACUGGAAGGAAGAGAAGGGCAAAAAGGAUGGCGGGCGAAAAGGAAAGUCCAAAGACGGAGGUAAGGAUGGAGGUAAAGACGGAGGCAAGGACGACAAGGCUGAAGGUGUAAGCAUGCCUGAUAAUGGUCAGGCAGUGCCACCCCAGGAAGAGCCACCUGCCAGGCCGUCUACAGACUCUUCCUCCGGACUGGAAGGGGCAACCUUGCAGGCACCGGCACCGCCAUCGAUACCGCCAUCGAUUCCGCCAUCGAUCCCGCCGCAGCCGAAACCAAGCCCUCCUGGCAUUGCUCAAGCUCCGGCAGAGCCUCCAGCUUUCUAUGAGGCUGAAGGCGUAAGCCGGCCAGAUGAUGGUCAGGCAGCGCCGCCACAGACAGUGCCACCCCGCAGGCCGUCUGACAGUUCCUUGGGACCGACAGGGGCGCCCUUGCAGGCACCGGCACCGCCAUCCAAACCGCCAUCGAUUCCACCAUCGAUCCCACCGCAGCCGAAGCCAAGCCCUCCUGGCAUUGCUCAAGCUCCGGCAGAGCCUCCAGCUUUCUUUAAGGCUGAAGGCGUAAGCCGGCCAGACGAUGGUCAGGCAGUGCCGCCACAGACAGUGCCACCCCGCAGGCCGUCUGACAGUUCCUUGGGACCGACAGGGGCGCCCUUGCAGGCACCGGCACCGCCAUCGAUACCGCCAUCGAUUCCACCAUCGAUCCCACCGCAGCCGAAGCCAAGCCCUCCUGGCAUUGCUCAAGCUCCGGCAGAGCGUCCGGCUUUCUAUGAGGCUGAAGGCGUAAGCCGGCCAGAUGAUGGUCAGGCAGUGCCGCCGCAGACAGUGCCACCCCGCAGGCCGUCUACUGACGCUUCCUCGCGGCCGACAGGGGCGCCCAUGCAGGCGCCGCCAUCGAUACCGCCAUCGAUUCCACCAUCGAUCCCACCACAGCCGAAGCCAAGCCCUCCUGGCAUUGCUCAAGCUCCUGCAGAGCCUCCAGCUUUCUAUGAGGAUGGGAAGGGCGACGUGGCGCACAUCGAAGCGUUUAUGGCGACAUCAGGCACGCCGAGAAGACCGAGACCGUUUGGCAGGAGGAAAGCCUAG